AUGGGGGACGGUGGACUCAGACCUAGUAACCUGAACACCUUCCGGUGUGCCUUCCGCAGAGUCAAGUGCGUCAUCACAGACGAAGUCAGUAUGAUGUCCGCCGACCAACUCAAACUGGUUGAUUGCGGUCUGCGCCAGAUCACGCAGCGACUCACCCGAACCUUCGGUGGACUGAACGUCAUUUUCUGCGGGGACCUGCGGCAGUUGCCGCCCGUGCGUGCCAGCGAGAUCUUCAAGCGGCGCCGCAGUGCUGAUGGUCUCCUCGGAUUCAGCACUGUCACCUGGCAUCAUCUCGAAUACUUCCCACUCGCGAGAGUCGUGCGCCAGUCCGACGUCACCUUCUCCGCGGUCCUCACCAAGAUUCGGGACGGCCGCGCGCUCAAGCCCGAAGAAGUAAAGCUUCUCGAAUCCAGGUUCGUCACGGUAGAGGAAGCCGCCGAGCGCGCGCCCUCGGCCGUGCGCAUCUUCUACUCGAACGCCGAUAUCACGCGUUUCAACGAGACCGUGGCUCGUUCGCAGGACGACUUCGUGGUGCUUUGCGCGCAGAAUCGGUACCUUGGCUGCUAG